GAAAAGAAACCUCGAGAAAAGCGGAACGAUAUCCUUCUCGCGGUCUGAGAGCCAGCGAGCGAGGGUUCCUAAAUCCGAUCUCCAAAUUGGGAAAUCAAAGAAAGGAUUUUGGUGGAUUUUUAGGUUUUUUUUUUGAGAUUGGGGUGAAGGAGUAGUUGUUGGAUUGGAGAAGGGGUUGAGAUCAUGGCGUGCGUUGGGUUUUUAGAGUGUUUUUUGAAGCUGUUGAACUUCGUACUGACGGUGACGGGAUUGGGGAUGGUGGGGUAUGGUAUCUAUCUUUUGGUAGAGUGGAACAGGUUCUCCGGUGGUGAUGAUGGAGGAGUUACGCCUCCCUUGCCUUAUGAUUCUGAGAUUUUGAAGCUUGGCCGGCCGAUGCUUCUUGUUGUCUCAUUGUCCGAGAGUAUUCUUGAUAAGCUACCCAAAGCUUGGUUCAUUUACUUAUUCAUUGGUGUUGGUGUUGUUCUAUUCGUUAUAUCUUGUUUUGGUUGCAUAGGAGCAGCGACAAGGAAUGGAUGUUGUCUAUCAUGUUACUCUUUGUUGGUAAUCUUGCUAAUCUUAGUUGAGCUGGGAGCUGCAGCUUUCAUAUUCUUUGACCAUAGCUGGAAAGAUGCUAUCCCAGCUGACAAAACUGGAGAUUUUGACAUGAUAUAUGGCUUUUUAGAAGGCCACUGGAAGAUUGUUCGAUGGGUUGCUUUAGGGGCUGUUGGUUUGGAGGUCUUGGCAUUCUUGCUGGCUCUCAUAGUAAGAGCGAUACAUAAACCAGUAGAGUAUGACAGUGAUGAAGAAUACAUCGCACCAAGACCUACUGUUCGUCAGCCAUUAAUCAACAGAUCUGGUGUUCCUGCAACUGGGGUUCCUGUAACUGCCACCCUUGAUCAGCGACCCAGCAGGAAUGAUGCCUGGAGCCAGAGGAUGAGGGAAAAGUAUGGUCUUGAGACGUCGGAAUUCACCUACAAUCCAUCAGAUCCCAACCGAUAUCAACAAACAACGGCUCCAGCAGAAGAACGAGGCCGUUGCACCAUACUCUGAAUCUUACCUGAUUUUGCCUAUCACAUUUUGCCUGGAGUUGGUUUGUGUGCUAGUGUGCAAGUUUCCUGUGAGGGGUGUCAUCAUCUGGUCGUGUAUGCAUGACACCUACUCGCCCAAAUCCAGAAUUUGUUUUGCCUUGUGCUUUAUCUUCAUCUUUCAGCUAUUAGGCCCAGUUCUUACAUUGUUGCCCAUUUGUUGUAAUUUAUCAGCAUUCGACUAAUUGCAUAUUACAUGUUAAUGAUGUAUGUUUGAUGAAGCAGCUCUUUUUAUUGUUUCAUGAUACUCAAACAUGGUUAUUAGUGUAUUUUACUCGAUGAACAGUUUAGGUCCA